AAUAAAGUUACGGUAGGGAAAUAAAAUGUUUACGACGCCUGGAAAAAAACCGCGACCGAAUGACACGCGAAACUGCGAUAAAUUGAUCAUCAUUAUGAAAGAAAGUUUGAAAGAAAAAAAUAUAAGCUCAGUCCACAACGUUAACCUGAACUAACCACAAACAAACGUCAUAAACAAACCUAUAAACAAGUAAAAAAUAUUUGAUUAUCUACAUUUAUUUACAUGCGGUCGUUUAUUAUGGAAUUUUACGCAUAAUUUUUCGGGCUAUAAAUUAAAAGAAACCGUAAAUUUUAAAGUGUGAACGAUGUCGUUUUUAACGGAAUAUUUCGAUGAAUUUCGCCAACAUCCCAUCAGGAAAACUAAGAUGUGUCGGCCAGAGAACAGGUGGGCGAAAUUAGAAGGAAAAUGGUUGGAUCCAAAAGUGGGAACAGAGGACAAAGCAUGGACGGACGAGGAGAUAGAAGCUUUCAUAAAGAGUACGAUGAGAAGCCUGCGCGGACAGUCAACUUACUACAACGACUACUGUGCUCAUUUAUCGCCAGAAUUCAAAACCCGUCCAUUCAAACCGCGCGAAAAGAAGAAGAGGCCAUGCGUGUCGAAGAGUGAGAAGGUUGAGCAAGAGGAAGCUCCCCCGCCACAGGCUGCAAAGCUCGCCAUGAAGGACACCGAGCUGAUGAAGGUGGCGCGCGAGAUCUACGAGGGAGACAUGGACAAACCAACUUUGGAGCCGCUGCCCACGCAUCUGAGAAUUUUAGGCUACGUCCGCCCCUGUUUGUAUAGGACGGGGAUAAGUGAGUACCAGGAGAGCAUAGCCCGCCUGGCGUACGAACUGAUCCGUGACGAUCGCAUCCCGCGGUACUACGCACACAACGGCUGCCGGCCGCGCUGGGGCCUGCCGCCCGAAGGUAUCAGGCAACCAGAACUCGACGGAAUACCAUUCGCAAGCGAACGAUUGUUUUGAAUUCUGCAAAUGCUAUAGUAAUUAAGAUAUUUCACAUAAAAAGAGCUGUAGAUGCACAGGAUGCCAAUAUUGUGCAGCAAGCACAUCUAUAGCAAGCUAUGAAUUUAUAGUAACCUGGAUAGUAGGUAUUAUAAUGCGGCGGACGUGCGAAACCUGCCGAAUGUAUAAAUUUUUUGAAUAAUUUUUCAUGGGUCUUUUAUUGCCGUUUUUUACUGCUUUUGUUUUGAAAUUAAAUAAUG